CAAAUUGAGUUUGGCCCACUCAAACGCUAUCGAAAUGCCGCAGUGGGCACAUCUCGGCCUGGUGGCUCUCCUUCUCGUGGCCACCGCCCUGCUGGGUGGUGCCGGUGGUGCGGACAUCGAUUGGUGGGAGAACGCCUCGCUCUAUCAGAUAUACCCCCGCUCCUUCCAGGACAGCGAUGGCGAUGGCAUCGGCGACUUGAAGGGCAUCACCGCAAGGCUGGGCUACCUCAAGGAGAUUGGCAUCACGGCCACCUGGCUGUCGCCCGUGUUCACCUCGCCCAUGUCAGACUUCGGCUACGACAUCUCCAACUUCUACGAUAUAGACCCGAUUUUCGGCACCCUCGCCGACUUCGAUGCCCUGAUCGUGGAGGCCAAGUCGUUGGGCGUGAAGAUCAUCUUGGACUUUGUACCCAACCAUUCGAGCGACGAAAACGAGUGGUUCGAGAAGUCGGUGAACCGCGAGGAGGGCUACGACGACUUCUACGUGUGGGACGACGGAAGGCUGAAUGCGGACACGGGUGUGAGGGAGGCGCCCUCCAACUGGGUCAGUGUGUUCGGUGGACCCAUGUGGACGUGGAAUGAGAAGCGACAGCAAUACUUCCUGCACCAGUUCCAGGUGAAGCAGCCGGAUCUCAAUUUCACCAAUCCCAUGGUCAGGGAGCACAUGCUGGACGUCCUGAAGUUCUGGCUGGACCGCGGCGUCGAUGGGUUCCGCAUCGAUGCGGUGCCCCACAUCUAUGAGUACCGCUUCGCGAAUGGCUCCUAUCCGGACGAACCGGUCAGCGGCUGGGGCAGUGAUCCCAAUGCCUACGAUUACCACGACCACAUCUACACCAAGGAUCAGCCGGCAACGGUGGAUCUGAUGUACGAGUGGCGGGCCUUCUUGGACAAGUAUCGAGCGGACAACGGCGGCGACUCCAGGGUGCUGCUGGCCGAGGCCUACUCCUCCGUGGAAACCCUGAGUGCCUACUUCGGCAACAGCACCCACCAGGGCACCCAGCUGCCCAUGAACUUCCAGCUGAUGUACCUAAGCGGCUACUCCACCGCCAAAGAUGUGGUGGGAUCCAUCAACUACUGGAUGCAGACCAUGUGGACGAACCACCAGACGGCCAACUGGGUGGUCGGCAAUCACGACACCAAGCGCGUGGCCGACCGCAUGGGUGCUCACAAAGUGGACCUGCUGAAUGUGAUCGUGAACGCCCUGCCUGGUGCCUCGGUCACCUACUACGGCGAGGAGAUCGGCAUGUCCAAUGUGGACGUGGAGUGCACGGGCGACUCUUGCGAGGAUCGGGAUGGCGAGCGAACGCCGAUGCAGUGGACUCCGGGAAAGAACGCCGACUUCUCCGAGGGCGAGAGCACCUGGCUGCCACUGAGUCCGGAGUAUCAGAGGUACAAUGUGCAGACGGAGCGCGGCGUCUCGAGGUCCUCCCUGAACAUCUUCAAGGGACUGCAGGCCCUGAAGAGCAGUGCCGCCUUUUUGGCCUUCAAGGAGGAAGGAGGCUUCUCCUACGCGGCGGUCACGGAACAGGUCCUGCAGAUUGUACGCACCAACAAGUACAGCGAGGAGUACCGCAUAUUGGUCAACCUGGGCAACGACAUGGAGAUCAUCGAUGGUCUGGCCUCCAAGACCUACGAGUAUGUGCUGGUCACUGCCUACUCCACCCAUUAUGCGGGGCAAAAGGUUGAUCUGUCGCAGAGAAUCGUUCUCAUGCCCUACGAAGCAGUCGUCCUACGCUGGCUGGCGUGAUGCGCCCCACUUCGAUUAUUUAUUUAACAAAUAAAUGCCUUGCUUAUUUCCUGUUAA